GCAGAUCCAAAAUGGUCUCAAUAUUACCUGGAUUAUAAGAUGCUAAAGAAAUUUAUAAAGAUCUCAUAUGAUGAACUAAAGGGUCCUAUAUUUCUACUAUUUAUUGAUAUUUGCUUAUUAUAUGCGCUACAGAAAUGAAUUAUAGUCAUGAAAUCUUAAAAAAUAUUGAUAACGAAUUCUAUAAGCGUUUAACACAUGAGCUUGAAAAAAUUGAUAAUAGAUAUUGUUAUAUUGAGAAAAAUUCAGCAGAUUUGUUAGAAAGAUUGGAUGAAUCAUGGAAUGAUGAAAUGCCAGUUAUAGAAUUAAAUGAAUGGAGGAAAUCUCUUUUACAGGUUAUUACGACGUUAGAAGAAUUACAAGAAUAUAUUCAAAUUAAUAUGGUGGCGAUUGUUAAAAUCAAAAAAAAAUAUGAUAAGAAUUUUAAAUUUUUAUCGAAUAAUCUGCCGGCAAAAGCAUCUUUGAAUUUGUUGAAAACGGUAGGAGGAUCUAAUGAAUUAAAUAUUAAUUAUUCUCCAAUGGCAUCUAAAAUUGAUAAAUAUAUUACACCUAAUUUACAUUUUGGAACAUGUAAGCACGAUAUUGGAUUUGAUAAUAAGGAAAUAUUAAGUCUUACAUCUAAAUUUAAAUUUUCAAUGGUUGAUAUGAACGAAUAUUUACUUAAUAAAGCUCGGGAGUUAUGGAGAAAACAUACUCCUCCUCCGGAGGUUCCUGAAGGGUGUCCAAACAUUAAGUUAUUAACUUUGGAUGAUUCCGAAAUUCCUACAACAACAUCUUUAGAUUUAGAAUCUUUACCUCGGGGAAGAAUUAGUAAGUUGUGGAUUUCUCUUAUUGAAGAUGCUCUUAAACCCUUAUCUGUUCCCGUAUUAGUCGCAAGAGGUGUAAAACAUGGUCCAGUUGUAGGACUUACAUGUGCUUUACACGGUAAUGAAGUUAAUGGUAUUCGAGUUGUUCAUCGUUUAUAUCAAUCUGAACUCAAUCCGGAGUCACUUCAUGGUACUAUUGUUGCAGUAAUAGUUGCAAAUAUUCAAGGAUUUCUAUCAUCAUCUAGAGGGUUUGAAUCACAAGACUUAAAUAGAUUAAUGCCAGGGAGAAAGAAUGGAUCUACUUCUCAACAAUAUGCAUAUAAUUUAAUAGAAAGAAUUGUAAAAAAGUUCGAUUAUUUAAUAGAUCUUCAUACUGCAUCUAAGGGAAGAGUUAAUUCUUUAUACGUUAGAGCGAAUAUGCUAGAUGAUCGUACAAGAAAAAUGGCAGUUUUACAAAAUCCUCAGAUAAUCGUGCAUAACACAGGUCCAGAUGGAUCUUUAAGAAGUGCUGCUAUGGCUGUUAGUAUUCCUUCUAUUACUGUUGAGAUAGGGAAUCCGAGUAUAUUUCAAAAGAGAUUCGUCAAAAAUGCUUUAUUGGGUGUUUCCAAUAUUAUAAGCCAUUUAGCUAUGAUUCCGGAUGAACAUCAACAAGCUGAAUUUAAACCAGUUAUUUGUGAUAAAAGUUAUUGGAUAUUCACCACUAAGGGUGGAAUUUUGAGUGUAAUUCCCGAAGUAAAUACAUGGGUUAGAAAGGGGGAAGUAAUUGCGACAAUUCAUUCUAUUUUUGGACAGUUGAUUGAGACUUACACAGCGCCAGAAGAUUGCAUUAUAGUUGGUAAAGAGAUAGAUCCCGUUGCUAGUUCAGGUUCUCGUAUUGCGCAUAUUGGGGUAUGUCGAGGGUUUUAUGGCACAGGCAAAGUAGAUGAUGGUCAUAUAUAAAUGUUGAUGAUUCUAUGAAUUAAUAGAGACGGCU